CAGACAGACCUCAAACCUGGCUUGUUGCUGAGAAGUGAAGUUGUGGCGCGUAUGAACCAGACUUGUUAUGGGAACGCUUUCUUGUGACUCGUAGCAUUUGUAGAUUGGUCAAAAUGAUAACAUAGCCUUAAUUCACUUCACGGUUAACAAUGUCUAAUUCGUGAACAACCAAGAGGUGAGGCACGCCUAUAGUCCUGAUAUGAUUUAACUAGUAACUGGGGAGUACGGAGAGCGAUCUGGAGCGUCAGGAUGGCAUGCCCGGUCCAGUUUAUUUGGCGAGCACUCCGAACCGUGGGCUUGGUGCUUUUUUACUACGUGUUUUCCAUAGGCAUAACCUUCUACAACAAGUGGCUAACGCAGGACUUCCACUUUCCCUUGUUCAUGACACUGGUCCACCUUGUUGUAAUAUUCUGUCUAUCCACCAUCACGCGCUGUGCCAUGCAACUAUGGACAGGAAAGCCACGGGUCACUAUUGGCUGGAAAGACUACUUCUACAAAGUGGCCCCAACAGCUUUGGCAUCCGCACUGGACAUUGGACUAUCCAACUGGAGCUUCCUUUUCAUCACUAUCAGCCUAUACACUAUGACCAAGUCCUCAGCAGUGCUCUUCAUCCUUUUCUUCUCUCUGAUCUUCAAACUGGAGGAGCCGAACCCGUUCCUUAUUCUAGUGGUGCUACUCAUAUCGGUUGGGUUAUUCAUGUUCACUCUGAAAUCGACCCAGUUCAACCUGGAGGGCUUCAUCAUGGUUCUACUGGCGUCUUUCAUCGGUGGGAUCCGCUGGACCCUCACACAGCUCCUCAUGCAGAAAGCAGAGCUUGGUCUCCAAAACCCAGUUGACACUAUGUAUCAUCUUCAGCCCAUCAUGUUCCUGGGCCUUCUUCCUUUGUUCAUUUACAAUGAGGGACUAAAUUUGACUAAAUCAGAUGAGCUGUUCCAUCCGAAGGAGUAUUCCACUCUGGUGCCCAUCCUAUUGAGUCUUGCUGGGGGUGGCUUACUGGCCUUUGGCCUGGGUUUUUCGGAGUUCCUUCUGGUCUCCCGUACAUCCAGCCUUACGCUCUCUAUCGCAGGGAUCUUUAAGGAGGUGUGUACUCUGUUGCUAGCGGUAGAGUUUAUGAAAGACAAAAUGAGUGCAGUAAACUGGCUUGGCUUUGUUGUCUGCCUGUCCGGUAUCUCACUGCACGUGGGUUUAAAGACGUACUACAACAAAGGUAACACCUCUUUGAGACAACAACCUGGCAAAGACAGUUCAGACCUUGAACUUCCACUUAUCGCUCAACACGAGUACGAUGAGGAAGAAGAAGAUGGCGAUAAAGACGAGGAACAUGAGAUCUGUCACUGAAUUAGAAAGCGGAUGAUGGUCCCAUAGAAGAUUCCCAGUAACUGGACAGCAGAGGCAGAUCUGGGAAUGUCAUUGCUUACCCUCUUUCACAAUCUCAUGGCUUGUUCCCACUGGCUGCUGCUGACACUGAGGAACAGUCAGUUUUAGGAUCUUUUCGAGGAAGAAGCAUCUGACAAUGACUUAUUAAACCACAUGACAUGUGGUGAUGGGGCAUCACAUGUUCUUUAGUAAUUUUUGUGACCUUCUUGAGGUACAGAAGUUUCCUCUCCCUUGACUUGUGUGAGGAAAAACAUUUUAAAAGCUGAUCAUGUCUUAGGAUCCCAUUCCUCUUUCAGGACUCAGGACCAAGCUCCAAGUGGCCUUAAUUUAGUAUUUCAUGUUAAUUUAAACAAAGACAUCAACUGAUUUUAGUAAUGAAUGCUUCUUUUUUUUUUCUUAACGUGACUUUAACAUGGUUUGCUCAGUUGUACUGAACUGCUCAACUAAAUGACAGCAUUAAAUUUGAAGUAAAUUUAAGGAGGUGAUUUUAUUUUUGUCUUGUCUUUGACUUAUGUUUCAUAAAAGAGUAAUGGGAAAAAAUGAUUCCUUCAGAGAGAAUUUUAAAGUUGUGUAGGGCAGAAACUGAUUAUUGCCGCAGUAGGUGUAUUUUUAAUGUUCAGAUCCCCUUUACUAGUGUGUUAUUGCACCAAAACAUCCUGUUUGCGACAAGUUUUGCUGAUGUGAGUGUGGCGAAAGGCUAAGGCCCACAGUGAAAAACCAUACAUGCUUCAAACACACACAGCCUUUGUUAGCAAUCCACAUAACCCUUUCUGUGUGUGUUCAAGUGCUUGACCUGCUGGUCUCCUUUAAAUCAAAUUUCAUGUUUUUGAAAACUACCUCUGCAGAGCACCAUAUAAAAUUGAAUUUUCUCAUUAAGGUUGUUACGCGCAUAGAGUGGAUGAGUUUGGACGGAAGACAUGGGAUAAUUUAUGAGUUCGUGAACCUGAUUGGGUUUAUUUGAGUUUGUUCAAGAUAUUAGCCCGCCCUCGGGGAAUCAAACACGAAUUCAAAAGUGAGGAAAACCGUGGACGAGCAAAUGCAAAGUCAUUUUUAAUGAAUUGGGAUGGAAGGAUCUUUUUACUACAUUAUCAUUUUCUAGAUGGAUACACAGUCGCCACUUGGCAGGAUGACACGUCGAGAUUUAAAAACUGAGAGAUGGCCAGAUAUGAAGUCGGUGUUGUAAAGGUUGUAGAAAUGGCUCCAUCUUGUGGAUCUUAAUGGACAGGACAAACAGCUUAUUGAUGACAGAUCUGAUAUUUUACACUUAUUGUGAUAAUUACACUGAAAAAACUCUCUAUUUAAUUUAGAUCCUCUUGUGUACAUGGAACCAGUUUUAAUUUUUUGAGCUUUUAACUGACCAUUGCUAAAAAAUGUUAACUGAGCAGAUUUAACUGAGGUGCACUCUAACUACUUUUUGGAUUAAGAGGUGCGGUUUUGUCUACUGUUUAAGAAUUUAGGACUGAAUCAUACAAAACAG